AUGCGAUGCGCGAGCAAGGCCGCCGAGAGCGCGUCCGCACGUCUCUGUGCGGACGCCGAAGCAGAAACCACAGCAACUGAUGUGUCAUCGGUUGCUGAAGCGACUCAGCCUGUGUCACUUGGUGAUGUAGGCGCUGGUCAUGAAGACACUCAUGUCUUCACAGAGUACGAGCUCGGUGUCUCGUACUCUCCUGAUACGGAUGACGGAUCCGUAUCGACGGCAAUUGAAUCCGAGCCGCCUGCCAAGCGUGGCAUGGACGAUGCUUUGCGUCGCAGCAUCUUUGGUUCAUCUGAUGAGUCAGAUGAACCAUCGCCGAAGCGAAGGCGCUCGAGGUCGCGAGACUCGGGCGCUAACAGUGGUGUCGGUUCUCCUAUGGACACCACUUCGCAACGAGGUGCCAGUACUUCUGUCGGCACAUCGCAGAAAGAGCGGGACCGCAGUGUGUUGCGUCUCGCUCCUGAGAAGAAGGCAUGGAUGCCUCCUAAAUCCGUCAUGGAUCACUUGUCGGCGACGACGAGUGAUCGUUAUCGAACACGAUUGUUCGAUUCGUCAAGGAUCCAUCACCUUGACCCCAGCGCGAAGAACUAUCGCGCUGAGAAUGAGUUCUUCAUCGAUGCUUUCUUCAGACAUCGAUGA